AUGCCGGACGUCAGGUCGGAUUCGGGGCUGGGCCUACGUUUUCUCGACUUGAACGAUCAUGAGGACGACAACAGCCCGUGCAAAGGCCUGCGUCGUCUUAGAAGCCACGACCGUCCCGUCAGACUGCCUGCGCCUGCGUCUGCGCCUGUGCCCUCUACGCCCCAUGCCGCUACACCUCAAGCUUCUUCACCGCAAGCCUCAUCGCCAUCUCUGCCCUCGACCUUGAGCUUCCGCGGCUUCUCACCGCUGUCACCCCCUCGCAAGCAAUUUUCCACCGUCGGUCAGCAAUUCUCAACGCCAGUGGCUAAGAGCCCAUUGGCGCGCUCCUGGACCGAGGACGACCUCACGGCUUCGGUUCAUUCAGACGAAAAUGCGACUCAGACCACCAGAGAUACGCUUGGGUUAGUCCAGCGACUCAAUGAAUUAGCGGAAAAGCUGCUGUCGGGCGAAGACGUCCCGGACACCAACGUUAGCGCCAUGCACGGGAAGCUUGACGAGAUAGAAUCCGUCAUGACUGGUGAGGUUCAUGUGUCUCAAGAGACGCCCCAGGGCAAGCCUAAGACGUGGCCCGCGGUCGAACAGAUCGAACAGGAGGAACAAGAGCAUGAGUCUCUUUGGACAUCACCAUCUCCUUCGUGGUUUCGCUCCGGGUUGUCGGAUAUCUCACCGUCCUGUCGGAGCUCAUUCAGACGAGACACGCCUACUCCCGAACCUACCAUCGAAAAGAAACCCGCUGUUGACACUUUCCGCAUCGCGUCUGAGGCGGCAAAGUUGAAUAUCGAAUUGGAAACCCUCGUCACGAAUCUCAAGGCUCGGCAAGAAGAAUCAGAACAUAUUCAUCAACUUCUUGUCACCCGCGCCGAACGUGCAGCACAACGGAUCAUCUUUCUUCAGUCCAGAGUCCAGAAUUUGGAAGAAGAGCUUCAAGAAAACGACUCGGAGCUCACUUACCUUCGUCUGGGUCUCAAGGCCAUCGAAGUUCAAUGCCCUGCCGACAUCGACUCAGAUCUCGCCCAGAGCAUUCAGAACUGGAAGGCAGACUGGACCGCCCUCAAACGAAAACGCGCCAAACACAAGAGUUUCGACCGCUCGGCUUACAGCACCCCCGUCGGCACGCCCAUUCGACCGGCGCGAUGA